GUCUCUUCCUGAUCGCUUGGACUUAAGUCAGUUCUGCCUCUUCUCGAUCGUCGUUCGGACGUCCAACACUAGUCCCACCAAUUAAUCGACACGUUGAUUUGCCGUUUUCCUGAAGCUCCGAGAGAGUGUCGAACAAUGUUGUUCCUCACGGCGAUACCGUUGCUGUCGGCGAUUAGCAUGAUUUCGGCGCAAUGUUUAACAGGAGAUGAUGUCCCCUCGGUAAUGGACCCAACGUCGAGGGUGUCGUUAACGGAUGCCCGAUUUGACUUCGCGCUCGACAGUCUGAAGAAGACCGCGUUGAUCGAGUCGAAGGACAACAUCUUCUUCAGCCCGCACAGCAUACACCAGGCCUUGAGCCUGGCGUACUUCGGCGCUCGCGGUACCACCGAGGAAUCCCUGAAGCAGGCCCUCCACAUUCCAAAUGAACUCUCGAAAGUUGACGUUCAACGUUACUAUGCCAUCGAGAGAUCGCUCAAUCAAAUGCGUUCUCAGAUGAAUGGAUCCGCAGAUUCCUACGAUUACAAAAUUGCUAAUAGGUUUUGGAUUACGAAUUCCAAGAGGCUGCGCGAAUGUAUGCUCGAUUUCUUCGGGGAUCAGUUGCAAGUAACAAAUUUCAGUACGAAUCCUACUGAAGUGAGAAAUCAGAUUAAUAAUUGGGUCAGCAAUAUGACGAAAGGUCACAUUCGCGAUCUCCUGCCGCCGAGCAGCAUUGGGGAAGAUACCGAUCUCGUUCUGGUAAACGCGGUCUAUUUUAAGGGCCUCUGGGCCAAUCGUUUCGACCCGAAGAACUCUAAACGCGACAUCUUCUAUGCCUCCGGCACGCAAAACUCUGUCACCACUUUCAUGCGUCAGAAAGGGAACUUCAAUCACGCUGUCUCUGAUGAGCUAGGUGCAUAUAUCUUGGAAUUACCUUACAAAGGUAAUGAGAUUUCGAUGUUCGUGCUGCUCCCUCCGUUCUCCACCGCACGGUCUGUACAAAAUUCUUCCAACGAGCCGCAGGACGGCAUCCGUCAAUUGGUGGAACGUCUGGCGACGGAGAAGGGGUCGCGGGAACUACGCGAAUUGCUGGACGAUGGGUUACCGCCGCGCGAGGUCGAGGUCAGCCUGCCACGUUUCGAGUUCGAGCGAGAGCUGCCAAUUAGUCAGCUGCUGCACGCUCUAGGCGCUGGUGAACUGGUGACACCCAACGUGGCCGAUCUGCGCGGCUUUGUCGCGGACGGCGAGCAGACUCUGCACCUCGGUGAUGCCGUACAUCGUGCUCGUAUCGAGGUCACGGAGGAGGGUACUACUGCGGCCGCGGCCACCGCGAUCUUUACCUUCCGCUCCAGCCGGCCCACCGAACCCGCCAUCUUCAACGCCAACCACCCGUUUGUUUACCUGAUCUAUAACAAGGCUGAUCACACUAUUCUCUUUACCGGCAUUUUCCGCUCACCAGGCACAGCCCAACCAACAAAUUCCCUGACUCCCGGUGCUGUUUAGGUAGAUCCUGACAUUUAGGUCGUUUAAAAGAAACUCAGUCUUGGAGAGAUAGUCGAGCAGUGAAGUCUGACGAUGUGACGAGGGUUGACACAUUUGUCAUUCUAUUUCUUUUUAAUCAAUUGAUACCAUUUUACAGGAUCUGUUUCUCGUUGAUUUUUGUUAAUGAUCGAAAACAGUUGGCCCUUUGAAUUACGUGAAACUGACGUCACGGAUCUUCAAAUCAGCGAAUUUUCAAAGUAUUGAAGGAAGGGUCCCCCAUUUUUCAAUGAUUUUUCAAGAGGAGUCCGUUGCAUGAAUCUCAUUAAUUUAUUCUCGUAUUUAGAUUUUAUACUUUAUGACGUCUUAUUUUUAAAGUUAGAUAAAGACGAGUGUAAAACAAAACAAAAACUUACACGUAAAGACGUUACCGUUAAUUUCUGAUAAUAUACAUAUAUAGAAAUUCGCGAACUUCGGCGAAGGGUGAUCUCGCCGAUUAACUGAAACAA